AUGGCAAUGGAGAUACAACAAGGAGAUUUUGCAGAUAUUACUCAAGAUACGAGCUUCGUGGUGCCUGAGAGGUUAAGUGAGGAUAACUCACACCAGAGUCCACGCUUCCCUUCUCGCAAAGUCCAUUCUGCUGCAGCGACUUCGAAUGGAUUUGGUCUUAAUGAUAUUCUCGACGACAUUCCUCGACCAUAUACCGCUGCCGGUGUGGAUGAAUAUCCGAGUCGACAACGCAAGAAAAAGUCGGUUGGGAUCAAAAAGACCGCGAGAGACAGCAAAACGCCACGUGAAGAUCGGCCACGCUCGGCUGGAGUGAAUGAAUGGGGGGAUUUUGACACAGAUCGACUGCUAAGAGAUGACUUUGAGGAGGCCGCAAACCAGAUGCCACCAGAUUCACAGGAUAGACAGCGAUCUAGAUCAAGAAAAAGUCGACGAUCGAGUCCUGCACCGUCUUCUCCACCUGCAAAUCCAUGGGAAGGUUAUCUCACCUUGACUAACGAAAGUAAAGAGUCCUCAAAGCCACCGAUGCAAGUGCUUAGACAAAAAGCGAUAGAAAUUCUUAAUCUGGAUUUUGUGACGCAAGGAAAUCAAUCAUCUAGUAGAGCAAGUGUGACACCAAAGCCCCUAAUUAGUCGAGCGUCGAUGGAGAGACUACUGUCGUCACAUUCUAGACCAGCAACAAGCCACACGUCCUCACAAACCCCUCUCUUUGGUACUGAAAUCCAGAACACAUCAGCAAAUCGAGCUGUUAUCUUCGGUCGAUUUGCAGAUCUGUGGUCACUCAUUUCGCGUAAUCGCUCUUCAGAUUUUGAAUCGACCGACAACCACACAAAAUCUGCGGUGGAAUGUAAUACGGUUAUGGUGAAAUUGUGCAAAACAGUCGGGAUCUCGCUCACGUCUUCGGUCGCUACUCGCUUGUCGUUCUGGAACACAAACGACCAAGGCGUUGACUUUGAAUCAUUCUGCGAUCUUGUGCUUCAGGGUGCUAUCCAGCCAGCUCUUCACCAUUUCAACUUGGAUAAUUCCAUGGCUGAAUAUGUGGCAGCGCUCGAUACAAUCAUACAGAGUCUUACGACGACGGAACCAACUCGACGCUUGAAGCAACUCAAUGAAAUCCAACCGGUAUUUAGGAGUUGGAAAGCUGGCAUUUCGCCUCGCUUAAUUCAAUCAGCAGAGGUUUCUACCAUGACACCGAUAAACUCUGUAGUUACGGCAGAAAAGGUGAGAAAAGCUUUGGAAGCUUCAGCCAGUCAACACAUGCUCGCACACCAGCUCCCGUCUGAAGAAGCACGAGUCACCCGCGUUGAGAAUAUCCGGCGUAAAGUUCAGCUACACAAAUCAUGGAAAUGUUCUAGCGAUGAAAAACUUGGGGUGUCUAGUCCAAUAACGCAACUAUCUCGUGGUGGAUUAAACUGUAGCGAUGGUCAACGAAUUUCCACGUCGAAAGCUGCCGAUCUUGCCGAGAUGUUAGACCGUGCACGCAUAGUGUUUCCAACGAGUGCCAGGAGUGACCUUUUUCCUCAAGAUGAAGAUCAACCAGAACAUCCAACUCAAACGAACGACCCGGAAAAGGAGAUUGAGGCUGAUAAUGAAGAGGUUAUCGUGUGUUGUUCCUGCUCCGUUCGGGCUGCAGAGUUGUGGUGUGCAUCAUGUUUCACAGUAAACUGUCAGAAGUGCUGGCAAGACGUUCACUUUUGCACCGUUGACAUGUCAGUCGUGUCUUCAGGAUCUUCAGCGAGAAAAGCGCUCUUGGGACCUACCGCUCUUGGUAUGAAGAAACUCAGCGGAAGUGCCACGUUGAGACCUCCAGUUUCCAUGGUAUAUUUACCAACGAAAGCGAUGGUAUCCGGGACAUUGGUAAAAGGAGUUCGACACAUCCGAAACACCUCCAAUCAAGUAAAUGCACUCAAAGACGAGGUCCCCGCGGUUACAGCCAACGCCAUUUUGCCGUCUCUUCACAAGAGUCGGUCAAGUGGCACAAUACCGCGCCAUUAUCAUCGCCCUCAAGUGGAAAACAUACCCACUCGUGCAACAGAUUCAACCGCUUAUUCGACGCUUGGCAAUCAAUCCACCGGGUCACACAGGUCGACGGGUCUGCAGAAACAUCACACACCAUCGAGAUCAAAACUCCAUCUUGCUCCUGUAUCGAUCGAUGCCGAAUUGCUACUAUCAACCACACUAGAUCGACGAAGAUAA